ACAAGUAGAUAGUCCUCUCAAGGUUAGGUUUGGCAAAGCUGAGUUGGUGACAAUUGAUUGCUGGAUGCAUAAUGUCUUAUUUUUAUAUCAAGUGAUUCUUUUUAUAUUUCAAGCUCAUAAGAAGAAAUAGGCACCUGUUUGGCUGAUGGAAUGCUCAUUCUAAAGGUGUGGUAGUUCAGAGCUUCUAGUUCUUAUUUGGUCUCUUGUUUACUAAAAGUACAAUUAUGGUUCCCGGGAAUUUUUCUGCACUGCAAUUCAAGACGUGUGAUCUGUUUGGCACCCAUUCACGUCCUUCUUGUUUGCUUCUUCUGCAGAGUAGAAGCUUAUCUGCGAGGCCUUUGGUGGUUGAAGCGAGGGCAAAUACCCGGAAGGAGAGUGCAAAAAUUCGAAACAGGAAACUGAGAAAGAAGUUUAACGGCUCACCCACAAAACCGCGGCUUUCAGUAUUCUGUUCAGAGAAGCAAUUGUAUGCCAUGCUGGUGGAUGACCAGAACAAGAAGUGCUUAUAUUAUGGAAGCACUUUGCUGAAUUCUAUUCGUGGGGAUCCCGCAUGCAGCACUAUUGAAGCUUGUGAACGCGUUGGCAAUGAGCUUGUCAAGACUUGCGUUGAUCUCAACAUCAAUGAAAUAUCAUCUUAUGAUCGCAAUGGGUUGGCUCGUGGGGAAAGAAUGCAAGCCUUUGAGAUUGCAAUUUCUCGUCAUGGGUUCUUGCCGCGAUAGAAGGGCACCUGCCACGUGGUUCUUCAUAAGCCCUGUUAACAACUAAUCUAAGUUCUUCACCGGUCAUCAUGCAGUGUGAAAACUGAAUUUGCAUUUUUGGUGAGACUUGGGAAACUGUUGACACAUAAUGAUGUAAACAUUAAGAUGCCACCUUCAUGCUUUCUAGUCUUAUCAAUACAUCAAUUUUGCCUAUCUUCUUGGUCUGUAAGGUUUCUUGUGUUCAUGAAAGAAUUCCAGAUCUCCUGGGAGUUUUUGUCACGAGUUAUAAAUGUUAUGUAUUCAACAGGUUUUCUUCUGUGACGUGAAAUUCUUCCUCACACUGCUU